AAUUCCAUCUACAGCUGUUUUCAGACACAUGGAUUGACGUGGUUCUCGGCCAUAAGACAACGUAAUCCGAUGAAGUUUUGAAGUGUCCAACGCACGAAUUCAUUUCAUUAUCACUUUGACGUUAUAACAAAAGGUGAAGAUGAAAUUGAUUAGUCUUCUAGUAUUCGUGAUAAGUGUUCAUUACGCGAUUGGUUUGGCGGUGAUGAGCAUAGAUUUUGGAUCGGAAUGGAUGAAAAUUGGGAUUGUCUCGCCAGGUGUCCCCAUGGAGAUUGCUUUAAAUAAAGAAUCAAAAAGAAAAACGCCUACGGUGAUUAGUUUUAGAGAUAACGUACGUACUUUUGGGGAGGAUGCCCAAACCGUGGGGAUUCGAUUUCCGAAGAAUUCUUAUCAAUAUUUGUUAGAGUUGUUAGGUAAGAGUAUUGAUCACCCGAUUGUUAAGAAAUAUCAAGAGAGGUUUCCGUAUUACGAAAUUGUUCCUGAUGAGGAGAGAGGUACGAUUAAAUUUAAGCAUGAUGAAGAAACUUUUUAUACCCCUGAAGAAUUAAUUGCUCAACUCCUUUUUAAAGCGAAAGAAUUCGCGGAGCAGAGUGCUCACCAAAAAAUUAAAGAAUGCGUUAUCACCGUUCCUGGUUAUUUUAACCAAGUCGAGCGAAAAGCUUUAUUGCAAGCUGCCAAAUUCGCUGAUUUAAAGGUUUUGCAGUUAAUUAACGAUUAUAUGGCUGUCGCUUUAAAUUAUGGGAUUUUCCGCGCUAAAGAUUUCAAUGAAACGGCUCAAUACAUCAUGUUUUAUGAUAUGGGGGCCUUCUCCACCACCUCAACAAUCGUUAGUUUACAAAAUGUUAAAAGUAAAGAGAGAGGUUAUGUUGAGACUCAUCCCCAAAUUUCUGUGAUUGGGGUUGGGUUUGAUCGAACACUUGGGGGGUUAGAAAUUCAAAUUAGAUUGCGAGAUUAUUUGGCGAAGAAAUUUAACGAGAUGAAAAAGACUAAAAAUGAUGUUUUCAAAAAUCCUAGAUCGAUGGCGAAACUUUUUAAGGAAGCGGGGAGGGUUAAGAACGUUUUGUCCGCUAAUAACGAUCAUUACGCGCAAGUUGAGGGGCUUUUAGAUGAGCAGGAUUUUAGGGUGCAAGUUACGCGGGAGGAUCUUGAAAAUCUUCUUCCUGAUUUCUUCGAUCGCGUUAAAAUCCCUGUUGAGCAAGCUUUAAAAACGGCGGGAUUUUCGAUGGAUGUUAUCUCGCAAGUUGUUUUGGUGGGGGCGGGGACCCGAGUUCCUAAGGUGCAAGAGAUUCUGCGAGAGUUUGUGGGGCAAGAUUUGGCUAAAAACUUGAAUACUGAUGAAGCUGCAGCUAUGGGGGCUGUUUAUAAAGCGGCCGAUUUAAGCUCUGGGUUCCAGGUCAAAAAGUUUAUUACUAAAGAUGCGGUUUUAUUCCCAGUUCAGGUUGUCUUUGAACGCGAAAGUGAGGGCGAAAUUAAGCAGGUUAAGCGGACGCUUUUUGGCCCAAUGAACCCAUAUCCGCAAAAAAAAAUUAUUACUUUUAAUAAACACACAAAUGAUUUUUCGUUUAAUGUUAAUUAUGCAGAUUUAGAUUACCUUCCAAUAAAUGAAAUAAAAAAUUUAGGGGAUAUUAAUUUAUUAGAGAUUAACGUAAAUGGGGUAACAGAAGCAAUCAAAAAGAAUUCCGGGGAAAACGUCGAAUCAAAAGGAAUUAAGGCGCAUUUUAACAUGGACGAUUCAGGUCUUUUAAAGCUCCUUUCUGUGGAAUAUGUUGUUGAAAAAACUUUAACGACUAACCCCGAAGAGGAGGAAGGAACGUUUUCGAAAUUGGGCAGUACAAUUAGUAAGUUAUUUAGUGGGGAGGAGGAGAAGAGACCGAUUGAGGAAGAAAAGCCGGUUCAUGAAGAGCCGCCUCAAGAAGAUAAAAAGAAUAACACUGAAACGCCUAAAAAUGAAACCGAAGCAUCAAAAAAUAACACUUUAAAAGAAGAAAAAGAAUCAAAACCUAAAAUAAUAACACUAAAAGAAUCAUUAAAACCCACCGAAAAAACCUUAACAAUCAAAAACAUGACAAACGCCCAAAUCGAAGCUUCCGAAGCUAAAUUAAAAAAAUUAAAUGAUAUCGAAAAAGAAUUAACACGAAGAGCGACCGCUUUAAACAACCUAGAAAGUUUCGUUAUAGACACCCAAAAUAAACUUUACGAAGACGAAUACUCCCAAGCGUGUACCGAAGAGGAAAAAGAAAAAAUUUUAAAAGCUUGUUCCGAAGCAUCCGAUUGGUUAUACGACGAAGGAUCAGAAGCCGAUGCAGAAACGUACGAAAAAAAAUUAUCCGAAUUAAAAUCAUUAACCCGCGAUUUAUACAUACGCGUCUUCGAACAUAAAGAACGCCCCGAAGCAAUCUCGGCUUUAAAUAAUAUGUUAAACGGGUCAAGAAAUUUCUUAGAUUCCGCUCGAAAUCUUACGAAAACUAAUAAUCCGGAAAAAGAUGUUUUUACAGACGUCGAAAUACAAACGUUGGAGAAGAUUAUCGUUGAAACCGAAGAAUGGAGGGAUAAAGAACUUGAUGAGCAGGGUAAAAUUAAAAAGUACGAACCUGUUAAGUUAACGGUGAAAAUGAUUUCGGAAAAAAUGGCCGCGUUAGAUCGGGAGGUGAAGUAUUUGGUGAAUAAGAUUAAAUUGUGGAAGCCGAAGAAAGUUGAAAAACCGGUUAAGGAGGAGAAGAAGGAUGAUGGGGAUGAAAAGAAAGAUGAAGUUGUGGAUGAUGGGGAAACUGUUGAGAGUGUUGAAGAGGAACCUCAAACUGAAAAAAAUAUUGAGGUUGAAGCUUCGAAACCCGCGGGAAGUGAAUCUGAACAUACGGAACUUUAAAACAAUUUUUAGAUAAUUUUUUUUUCUUUUACGUUGUAUUAGUUUUUUGUACGAAUUAUGUUCCUUUGCGUUUAUUAAUAUUAAUUUAAAAAAAUAUUGAAAAGAGUUAAUUGGUAAAUAAUAACACUGAUGUACAACAUAAUGUCACAUAAAUGUUUUUAAUUUAACUAUAAUUUAUUUAUUAAAGAAUAAAAGAAUAAAGACGAAAAUGAUGCCAACCCAGAGAAUCUUCAAGUUAGUCAAUUUUAAAAUUUAACCUUGAAACUAAAAUUAUCUUUUACUUUAACAAUAAUAAAGGGUAUCUUCUUUUCUUGCAGCUUUGAUAACAUACUCAUCAGAGUAUAUGACCCCACUUCUUGAGAACAGCGAGAUGCAAGUGACUCAUUCCAUAUAAUCAUAGUAACCUGAUCACUUCUUAAAUUGUAGAUACCCAAACAAUUUGUCCAUUAUAAUAGCAAAUACCAGUUAUUAAUACUCGUCAUCUGGCUAAACCCGCUUUAAUCAAAUGAAUAAGUAUCAGAAAGUGAAACAUGAAAUUUCUAUCUAUCUUGUGAAUGAUAGAAGCUAAUGUUUGGCUUCUGGCAUCAUCCAUUGAACACUAAAAUAAAUCGCAAGAUAUUGGAAGCAAUCAUUAAAAUAUUAGGUUCUCAAAUGGGCACCAGAACCAUUCAUUAUCUAAUUGAUGAUACUGGAAUCAUGCACUGAACACUGGAUUUAAUUUUUCUGGAUGCUGAAACUAAUCACUAAAGACAUUGGAAUCAUCAACU